CUGGCGUCAAACGCAGUCUGAGCGUGGAUUCGUUUCUAGACACGUGUUAUUUAAACCACCAGCAGCAACGCUUACUCCGCUUUACAUGCAGCCACGCUCGAUGUACCCUUAUCAGACGUCUCCCGGGCAACGGACGGUUUGGCUGUGAGAACGGGUUUUCCUCCAGCAGGGCGACCACCCGCCCGUACCUCAAAACCCCCCGUCUCCACCCCAUGGACGAUUGUACACAUUGCGCAUCACGUUGCGGAUGGCGGUGGACCCGGAGCAGAGUAAACUUGACGUCUGGCCAAAGAGGACGAGCGUCGGGGUCGAGUAACGCGGACGUUGGUUUAUCUCGCCGUGUGUUGACCGUCGAUUAAGCAAGGGGACGUUUUUCGCCAGAGUGCCGUCUCGCUAACUCACGGCUAACGGGUAGCUGCUUUGGCUAGCCAGGGGCCCUGUUCUGCUCAUGCAAGACUUCCCGUGCCUCCAUCACUUAGGGAAACCCAAGGACUAUGGACUUCCCAGGUCACUUUGAGCAGAUCUUCCAGCAGCUGAACUACCAGCGUGUCCAUGGCCAGCUGUGCGAUUGUGUCAUUGUGGUGGGCAGCCGGCACUUUAAGGCCCACCGCUCGGUGCUGGCCGCCUGCAGCACCCACUUCCGAGCCUUGUUCACCGUUGCUGAGGGAGAUGCUAGUAUGAAUAUGAUCCAGCUGGACAGCGAGGUGGUGACGGCAGAGGCGUUUGCUGCCCUGGUGGACAUGAUGUAUACCUCAACGCUGAUGCUAGGGGAGAGCAAUGUGAUGGAUGUCCUCCUAGCUGCCUCCCACCUGCACCUUAACAAUGUAGUUAAGGCCUGCAAACAUUACCUGACCACCCGCACCCUGCCCAUAUCCCCCUCAGCUGACAGACCCACCCAUCACCACCCACAGCCGGACCAGCAGAGGCACAGGCAGCAGCAACAACCGGCAGAGCUCACAGCCUCUGCUAAUGCAGCUACAUCUAGGAUGCAGCGCUCCUUUCUACUGCAGCAGUUGGGGCUAAGUCUGGUAAGUUCUGCACUUGGCGGAAUGGAGGAGGACAGAGUUGGCAAUGUGGUUGGUGGUGGAGUGGUUGAACAGAGGGGCUCUUUCCCUGUAAGACGCUUACACAAGCGCAAGCCCUGCCUUGCUGUGGCUUUGUCAGAUGACAGACCUAGGCAGAGGCCACGCCCUUCGGCCGCUCCACGGGUUUUGUUAGGAGAGGAAAGGGUUAACGGGGAGAGGGAAGAAGGGACGCUACUUUCCCCGGACUCCCACAAGAUGGGGGAUGAAUCGAAAUUGGAUGUUGCCAUUGUUGGAUUAGUGGGGGUGUCUCAAGAUGAUCCUCAGAUGCCAAGCCAGUCAGACAGUGGACACUGCAAAAAGGAUAAAUCAGGAAGGAUGCAAGGGGGAGUGGGGAAGGAGGAGUACAUAGAAGAUGGUGAUCCACAAGAUGGCCGAGAGGGGGCAAAGGUCAAGUCAGGAUUGGAGGAGGAGGACACACAAGAGCAGAAGGUGGUGGUUAAACAAGAACCAAUGAGCUCUCCAGAACCUGCUGAUGAAACCAGUGAUGUGACAUCUCAAGCCGAAGGCAGCGACCCAGCAGAGCCUGUUUGCCAUGAGGAGGAAGAUAAAGUGGAGCUGAGCCCAGAGAGCAGCGACCGUAGCUUUGUUUCUGAUGCCCUGCCCAGCUCUGAUAACCCGCAGCAGCCCAGCUCCCAAGUUCUGCUCAAGACUACCAUGGGAGAUGUUCAUGGGUCUGAAGGGGGUGGAGGUGGGUUUGGGUCUAGCAGCGGCUUGAAUAGCAAGUCUGGCUUCAGUAUUUCUAAUUUCCUCAGUUCUAAGUGUUUUGGAGGUGACGAGGCAGGGUUAGUUUCCAAGGAUGACAACCUCCCAAACACAACCACUGGCGAUACAGUAUCACAUCGCUUCCUUCUUGGACAGGAAGCCAUUGGGACGUCUGGUUCUGCCUCUUCUCUUCUGCAUCCAGGCUCACUCAACAGUGAGACUCAUGGAGAUUUUGGAGACACCCUCCAAGCUGACUCGCUCUUCAUCCGUCCCUUGCACGAUGGCUUGGGAACCCCCCAAGGAGGUGGCGGAAGUGGUGGAGGAAUGGAUCCCUUCAGUCUGGAUUUCCAGCGCUCCAGUCUGGGGCUUCACUCCUUGGCACGAGCUUCAAGAGGGGGGGGGGGAGCUGCUGCUGCCUCUCUCGGUUACCCAGGCUAUCGACGUAUUGCCCCUAAAAUGGCCCUAGGAAGAGGAGGAGGGGGGAAUGCUAUGCUCCAAGACCCUGCCUCUUCCUCAUCAAGUAUGGGGGGUCCGCUGAUUCUCAACGAGAGCGGCAACUAUGAGGUAAACGGCAGCAGGCCCACGUCCCUUCCUCCUCAGCUGACCCGAGCCUCAGCAGAUGUGCUUUCCAAGUGUAAGAAAGCUCUUUCGGAGCACAAUGUCUUGGUCGUUGAAGGUGCCCGAAAAUAUGCCUGCAAAAUCUGUUGCAAAACCUUCCUCACUCUGACAGAUUGCAAGAAGCACAUCCGUGUUCACACAGGGGAGAAACCCUACGCCUGCCUCAAAUGCGGCAAGCGCUUUAGCCAGUCCUCCCAUCUGUACAAGCAUUCCAAGACCACCUGCCUGCGCUGGCAAAACAGCAACAUGCCCAAUGUCUUGUUGUAGGAGAGGGCCACAUCAAAGUACAGUCUGCUCACUGGCUUGUCAGGUAAAAUCAUGUUAUGGAAUGAAGGUACCAGUGGUUCUCCUACCUCCCACCCAUUCCGUGCAUCAAACAAGUCUUUUCGGCAUCUGAGCUGCUGAUGUGAAUGCUCCAAGUCUUUUCCUCGCAGGAAGCCAUUAACUUCAGGCGUCUACAGUUGUGUAUGCGCUGUUGCUAUAUGUGUGUGCUUUUAAUGUUUCUAUGUUCUGUAGAGACAGUGUGAUUCAUGCGCUUUCCUCUUAAGAUUGUUGCUGUCUAUGUGAGUGACAGUGGAAAGUGAACUAAGAUAUAUAUAAGGGGUGCAACAAUUAUGUUUAUAAUUUCAACAAUCAGGCAGUUAUUACAAUUGAUAUUUGACUGAUCUGACUUAUAUGCAAUUGUAAAUGUGCCGUUCAUAAAGGAAGUUCGAGUCGGCCAGUUCCAGACUGAUCAAUCUAAACGUCAUAAAACCUAAAAAAAAUAUAAACCCUAAUCCUCAUGUUUGUUAGAAUGGAAGUCUAUGCAAAACUUGUCAUCAUUUGCUUACUGGAUGUUGCGUCAA